UCUCGCGUGACUUUGUGUGGUUUGGAUGUGUGCUCGACGCCCCAUUGUAACUGCGGGAAUCGACCAAGACGAGCAUAGACGUGAGAAUGUUUCUGGAUCAAUACAAUUUCAAAAAAUGAUCUCGAAUCGCAACAUCCACGACACGAUGAAGUAGUGAGAGUAAGAACAAGAUCCUUGCUUCAUCACGCAAAGCAGAUCACCUCCUAUUAUGGUGUGAAUUCCGGGAACAUGAAGCUCCCAAAACGCUGGGUUGCACCCAGACGUGCCUUUCUAUUGGUGGGAGUUUUCUGUGUGCUGUGUCUGGUGAUACUUUCAUCUCGGUCUGGGAAAGACACACUGAAACCUCUGGAUUGGCAUGUCAGCCCUGAGUAUAAAAAGCUAGUGCACCAGCAUGUUCAAAAAGUACUGGAGCGUGAAUGUCAUCGUGGAAGCACCAGGCAGGGGCUUUUUGCUCGACUCCCUGCUUCCAGUCACAUGACCCAACCCUUCCUGUGGAAGAACACGCCACUUUCAAGCAACCUCUUCAAGUAUCCACCCCCCUUUGGGUUAAGAGGUCUUCGGGGAAAAAUACCCUCUCUGCUUCAGCAGCUACCAGAGUCCAACGAAGCACCCUUGUUUAAAACGGCUCCUGAUACAUGUCGGCGCUGUGUGGUCAUUGGAAAUGGAGGUAUUUUGAAAGGCCUGGAGCUGGGUCCUUUCAUUGAUCGUUUCGACACAAUUAUAAGGUUGAACAGCGGUCCUCUAGGAGAGUUCAGUGUUGACGUUGGGAAUCGAACCAGCCUCAGGAUAAGUUAUCCAGAAGGCACCCCCACUCACUGGCUUGACACAGACCCAGAGACCGUGUUUGUAGCUGUGGUCUAUAAAAGUGUAGAUGUCAGCUGGAUCUCUGCAAUGAUUAACAAGCUCACCGUGUCAUUGUGGGACUGGCUAUUCUUCUGGCAGAAUGUUCCAGAGGAAAUCCCCCUUGAACGGAACAGGUUCAGACUCUUAAAUCCACUCGUCAUCAAAGAAACGGCUUUAGAUUUACUGAAAUUCUCCCCACCUACGACACGCUUGUGGGGCUGGGACCAGAAUGUACCCACCCUGGGCAUCUCUGCACUGGAUUUAGCUAGUUUGCUGUGUGACGAGGUGAGCCUCGCUGGCUUUGGCUACAACCUGUCCCAGGAAAGGAUUCCAAUGCAUUACUAUGAUCAGCUGCCUAUGAGUUUCAUGCUUUGGCAGAAAAUGCACAAUGUGAAUGAAGAGACCAAAGUUCUUAAAAGUCUCAUCAAAGAGGGAACCAUCACUGACCUGACGGGGGGUGUUCACUGCUCCUUCUGCCCCUGAUUACCUCCAAACUACAGUCCCCCGCAAAAGCGUUGGAACGGCAAGGUCAAGUCUUUUGUUUUGUUCUAUACUGAAGAUGUUAUAAUUCACAGAUCAAAAGACGAACGGAUAUGAGAGAUAAGUUCAGGAUUCCACUUUUGUUUUAUGGUAUUUACAUCAAUAGCUGUGAUCAAAUGCUCACACUUCCACCUCAAUUGCGUGUUCCCACUGAGGGUGCGCGUGUGUAAGGCUUCCUAACUCUCUAAAGUGCUCUGUUACCUCGCCCUUUUUGCGCCUCUGGUCCACACUCUGGCUGAGCCCGCAUCCCAGCGCCCUCAGCCGAAGCAUUUAAUCCAUAAUUAGUUGUGGAUUUGACCAAAACAAUGGUAGAAUUCUUGUGCAUGUGGCCUAAAAAGCGUGAUUUGAAGUCUAAGUAUCGACAUAUUAAAUAGUUUAUCAUUUGUACGUGUGUAAUUUCAAUCAAAGCUUUAAAGUCGCCUGUGUAUUUUGCCCUGUUUCGGUUGCCAUACUGAGCGACCUUCCGUAGAUUGUGCAGGAGGCCGCAAAUACUGCAUCGCAAAUCCAGGCUUGGAGCCAUUGCUGCCAUCGAAUGGGACCCCAAACCCAAGUUUUUACUUUUACUACUACUCUACUGCAGUUUUAAUUGCAUUUUAAGCAGCAAAAUUGCCAAAACAACAACUGGUGUGGACAUGUUUGAUGAUGCAUAUCGCAGUGGGGCAGAUCGGUGACGUAACUCGCACUCUCCCAAUUCUGCAAUUUUUACACACUUGUAUCCUUUGCUCCCGAACACUUUGUGCACUAUUAGGUGUACACUUCAUUGAGGACCGUGGGGCCUAGUGUGGGUAUCUGGACAGGGCCUUGAUAUGUUAAAAUAGAAGCACUUUCUGUUUGAAGGCACUCACUUUUCAAAUGAGUGAAAGUUUUGGAAUGGACAUGAUUAAAGUAACUUAAAAGUGAAUAUUAUUUAAUAUUUGCAGGAGGAGAGCAAAAAGCGUCCGGCUUCGCUGAGAACCACACAGCAAGCCAAAAACAAAAAAUGGCUCCUAACAUAAACGAAACAGAAAAAUAGAGUAGAUACAAGAGUUUGUGAACAGAAAAUCACUGCCUACCUUAGUAGAGACCUGACGUGGAGGCAUGGGUUGCAAUUUAAUCGCGUUUUAAUGACCGUAGCUCACGUGUACCAUUUUAAAAUGCUUCUCAUUCUUUGCCAGUACCCUUGGUGAAUUGUACAUGAAACAAAAUCUGAAUGAGAAUAAUAACGAUAAAAUGUAUAGCGCAACACCUCUGAUUGCAAGCAGAAAUUGCAGACUGGUGAUUUCGACAACUUCCGGUUAUGCAGGUCACGGGCCACCGUAGAUUAAAGGUGAUUUAUUUUAUUUUAUUUUAUUUUUUAAAUACUUUUGUGAAGGUGAGACUUAUAGUGCACACUGCACCCUGAGCAUCCUAACACCAAAACAUAAAAUAAAAAUAACACGCACACAGCCACACAAAACAUUUUUUUUCCUUCCUCCUUCCCCACUUCACCCCCGCAAUCGAUUUGGGACCAGUCCACUAGCUACGGUCAAACGCCAUCGACUGGUUGGGCGCCCCUGCUCUGUACAGUCAAGAUCUGGUGAUUGAUUUGAACAGUCUUAAGACCUUCGUUCUUCUUUUUUGUGUUGGCGAUGUGUUUUGGGUCAUAAUCUUGCAUGAUGAAUUCAUUCUGCUCCUCCUAACACGAGUUACAUCAUCAAUAAAGACUAAUGAGCCUGUUUCGGAAGCAUCCAUGCAAGCCCAACCAUGACAUAACCUUCACCAUGCUUCACAGAAGAGCUUGUGUGUUUUGGGUCAGAAGCAGAUCCUUUCUUUCUCCAUACAUUGGCCUUUCCAUCAAAACCCUGGUAGCCGUUAAUCUUGGUCUCGUCAGUCUAUAUAAGUUUCUUUGAAAACGUUGGCGGCAUUUCUCGUUGCUUCUUUUCAAAAUCCAAUAUGGCCUUCCAAUUCUUCUUGCUGUUGCUGAUGAGUGGUUUGCAUCAUGUGGUAUGCCCUGUGAAUUUCUUCUCUCCAAGUCAAGUCGCCUUCGACCUGGAGAUUGUGAAACCUUCACCCCUGCCCUGUGGAGGUUGGCAGUGAUGUUGUGUGUUUCUUCACAGCUCUCACAAUGUGUCUGUCAUUAACUCCCACUGAUGCUCUUGGCCAGCCUGCACGAUGUCUGUUGCUCAGUACACCAGUGGUUUUUCUUUUUAAGGACAUUCCAAAUUGGCUAUGUCCAAUGUCUGUGCGAUACCUCUGAUCGAUUUUCUCUCUUCUUGUCUCAAUUUCAAAACGUGUUGCUUUUCUCCCAUGGACAGCUCUCUUGUCCUUGUGUUUGCUUAGCAGCAAAUGCAGUUUUCACAGGUGAAAUCCAAAGGCAAAAACAAGCACUAUCUAUUGUAUAAAUAGUCAAUCUAAAAAAAGGCAACCAACUCCUGAGCAACUAGAAUCGACCAUCUGUCACAUGUUCCAUUACUUUUGUUCAUUGGAUAAAUGGGUGGCAUGAAAACAAUGGUGCUCUGUCCGGAGUUGGUUCACGCACUUAGAUGUAAGCGCCAUAAAUUAAAAAUGGCAAUCUGAACUUUUGCCUCAUAUUCAUCUUUUGAUAUGAAACCCAAAUGUCUUCAGUAUAGAACCAAAAAAAAAAGGAACUGGCCUUGCCGCUCACAUAAUUUUGGAGGGGACUGUAUAUACGCAGCACUCUCAAGAAUUAUUUUAAGUAACACUGGUGUUGCAUGGACAACAUUCCGAAACAGAAACACUAAAUUGCUUUGUUGAGAUGUUUCAGCAAAGCGUUAGGCAAGGAAGUAUGUGAGAAACAUUGUUCCUGUAAUGUGUUUUCUGAAAGUGCUUGUUGAAAUGAACAAAAAGACUCUUUGCUUUUCCUUAGUUUACAGCAUUUUUAACCAUGACCAAUUUUAAAGCGACCAAAAUUUUUUUCCUUUGUGUAAAAGUAUUGUAUGUGCAUGAACACAUUCCUUCAGCAGAUAUCCUCCUCGCUGCCUAUAUUUCAACAGCAGUUAUACAAACUUGACUAUAUUUUAAUGUUCAAAUUAAUUUUAGUUUGUAAUUCAGUAUUUGUCUAUGAACUGGUAUUUGUAAUAGAUCCUAAUAGUCACUUUUCUCUUUAAGUAAAAUGGAGCCAGAGUUUUAUUUUUUAUAUCACUAUGUAAAAUGCUUUGACAAAGUAAAUUAUUACUGUAUAUUGACACUGUACAAAUCUGCAACGCAGAGUUUAAUGUUUAGCUACUGCAAAGGCAAAUUUGUGUGAAAUCUAAUUUAAAAGCAUUCUCUCAGUACCCUGUUAAGUACAGAAUAUUCUGAGCAAACGGCCAACUAGGACAUCACUACAACUAUGGUGUCACGAUAUUUUACUUUAGAUUUUUUUAUUUUAUUUUUUAUUUUUUGUGACUCCAUUUGCUAUGAUGUCAAAUGACACAUUUACCUUUCAAGAAGUGUUUGCAAUAGGUGCGUGUGUGAAAACCAGAUUACCCAUUAAAUUAAUAUUAAUUUAUUGCUGUCUUUAUUUUGUACUCUUAUUGGGCUCUGUGACUUUAAACUUCAGGGAGACGGAUGAUUUUUUAAAAAUGUUUUCCUUCAUAAAAUCCAAGCUACCACAAAGCCUAUUAUGUUGUAGCUUUACUCUGUUAGGACCUGAAAAUGUCCUUGGUCUCAUGAGCACAUAGCUUAGAAUGAAAAGAGACUAACGCACUUGCAUGCACUGAUUACAAUGUGUUAAUAUGUCUCAGAAUUAUUUUGUCACACACUUUAUACACUGUUGGUUCUUUUUAUCACCAAUAAAUGACAUAACUUCUAAAUGUUGUGAUUGCUUUGUGGCGUUAUAUAAAAGAAACUUUUUUUGUCCUACAAGUGAAACUAUGUUAUAAUUAUAUAAUGAUGUUUAAAUGUUUUUUCCCCAGAUAAGCUGUGUAUGCCUCUAAGGCAGUGUUUCCCAACCAGGUGUGCGUAGGUGACAUGGGGAAACAUUUAAUAAUUUAUUUGGCAGAUCAGUAACCUGUGGCACAGCCACGCCACUAUCUUAACACCCACGUGUCUACUCAAGCGUCUCAUUGAAGCUUAGAUGACUGAUGAAGAGAAAGAUAAAUCGCUAUAGUGUGUCUGAAUAUUAUUUUGGAUCAGUGUUUUGUUUCCUAUAUUUACAUUUUAAAUACCUGUUUAAAGGGGACUUCAUUUUCUUGUGGUAAAUGUUGCAAGAGUAUGUAUCGCAAAGGCUGGUUCAUUUUCAUUCAUUUUUUUAAAUGUAUUUUUAUUUUCAAGGCAAUUGUGUUUGAGUUUAAAAAAAAAAGAAAAUGCAGAAGAAUCAAAUGUUCAAAUUACGGAAACAAAAUAAAAUGAUCUUCACUUAAUACUCAA